AUGGCCUCAGGGUCGAGAUCGGUCACCAUGGAUUCCGGUGAAAUUGCCCGGAUCAUUCAAGAAGGAAUUACAGCUGGCCUGCUUCGUAAUGCUCGGGGGCCAACAGGCUUCACCCCUAACACUCCAUUCACGCUAGAGAUAUUGACAUAUCCCUUGCCCGACAGAUUCAAGUAUCCUCGCAUUAAAGAGUAUGAUGGGACGACCGACCCCAUCAACCAUCUCAAUGUAUACACUGAUGUCAUGAACUUGCUAGUUACGCCGAAUCAGGUUAUGUGCAAAGCCUUUCCACAAACGCUGACUAACGCUGCUAGGGAUUGGUUCUCGACAUUGGGGCCCAACUCCAUAGCCUCAUUCUCAGAUUUGGCUGAUAAGUUCUCAGCCUUCUUUGCAAGUAGCAAGCGAAUCAGGAAGACCGCGACCUCUCUCAUGCAACUUCGCCAGGGACCAACCGAAACCUUGCAAGGAUUUAUGACAAGGUUCAACAAGGAAAGGCUUCAAAUACCCAACCUCCACAUCACAGCAGCUGUCUUCGCCCUCACUUACGUCGUAAGAUGUGAAGCUUUCAAGAUAUCUUUAUCAAAGACCCCACCGCAGACAGUGAUCGAGCUCCUCACCCGAGCUAAAAAAUACAUCAAUAUGGAGGAAACACUAAAUCCAAGGAGACCUAGUCCUUCUCAUGAAAAGACCGAGAACAAAAGGCAACAUGAUCCCAUCCCUAGGCAUGAGGUUCCCCGGGAUAAGCGCAGGAACGAGGCGCCAUUAGCAUCUCUCACUCGGUUGAAAACCUCUUAA